AUGGAGCAGAUUGUUAAUUUCGACGCAAUAUUGUUCCCCGCAGACGGUAUUAUAAUUUUCCUCCAUUUGGAGCCUGGAUAUUUACGUUGUCGGCGCCAAGGACGUUCCCCUUCCUUGGUGCUACUUAUGACCAGCCCGAUGACAACCACUCACCACGCCGCCUACACCCAAAAUCCAAGCCGCAUGCCCCAUCCGGAAGUGCACAUGGACUAUAUUGACGAGAAUCUGGGCUCAAGAGCAUGGAAAUAUCAACUUGUCGAAGCACUGGAUGGCAUGAAUCGAAAAUUUGCCUGCCCAUAUAUCAUCUUUUACCCAGUAGUUUCUCGAGAUGGAAUGCUUUUCCCCAUCAACAAAGCGAUACAGGACAUGCAAGGUCUAACUUACAAUGAAGAGCAAGCCUGGCGCGGCAAUCUCGUGGUCGGCAAAUAUCGAGAAAAUCCAUUCACCUCUAUGAUGGAUAUAUCGAUGGCCGAUUUCCCCAUCCUCAAAAAUUUUUUGCAAACGCAUGGAAGCCCUCGGCAGGUAUGA